AUGGCAAAAUUUGUGCUCGCGGGUAAAACAGACUGCCCUCAUUAUGCCAAAGCAGAACUUUUAGCAGAUGCUCUGCAGCGAUCUCUGCAGAUCCCAGAUAAAUGGAAGGCGGGUCGGGAAGCCACCUGCGGGAGAAAUGGCCGGAAACACGAGAAGUCCCCUUUGGUUUGGAGGGAACUGGUGGACCAAGGGGGCAAAGGGAUGCUCUUAGGGGACUUCAGUGACUUCCUUGAGCAUUGUCAGGAGUACUACAGCAUCACAUCGGACACGUCUACAGAUAUAAUGCUGAGUGUUGCAGCAGAGAAUCUGGAGACCGAGAUGAACCUUAUUGUGGAGGAGCAGCACCGUGUCAGUCUCAUCAAACCCCUUCAUAUAUGGAUCAGCUGGCGAGUUACCCAAAAUUGCCACUUCCUGAUCCCCAACCUGCUCUCUGCUGAAGUGUUCCCCCACGUUGCUGCAAUCGGCCUCCGCCUACUGGAUCUGCGGGGGGGCGAGGAGGGAUUGCAGGAGUUGAGGAUGGAGACAGAGGACCUGGCACUCCCUCUGCUCCAUCAGGUAAGCAUUCAUACAGAUCUGGAGCAAGCCUUCCGAGAAGCGGAUGUCACCCUCCUGCUGGAUGAGCGGUGGUCUGAUGACAGUGAUACAGCGACUGAGAGUGAGCAGGAUGCUCGCUCCAUUGACAGCGACCAAUUUGUCACCAUGGCAACUCAACUGGAGAAUGAAGCCAGGGCCAUAAUCGCAAAGAAGCUGAAAGUUAAGGCGUCGGAUAUUACAGAUGUCAUCGUUUGGGGAAAUAUCAGUGGUAGUUUCUACAUUGACCUGCAGAGGGCAAAGGUUUUCAACUAUGAAAUCAAAGGACCUGCCUUCUCUUCACAGAUGCUCCUAAAGAUUUUCCAUGACAGGAAACGGUUGGAGACAGACUUUCAAGACUUGGCGCGCUCUCAGCGUGCAGCUGUGGCUUCAGAGCGCUGCCAAGCAGCUGCCAUGUCAGCUGCCAGUGGGAUCCUCACCAUUCUAAAGGCUUGGAAUGGUGCUUGCAGUCCGGAUAAAGUCUUCUCUCUGGGUGUGCUAUGCCCAGGCUACUACAAUCUCCUAGACGGAAUCGUCCUCUCAGUUCCAGUUCCCUUGACAGACGGUAAAUGGUCCGUGCAAUUCAUCGGUGACGAACUGAGGGAGAGACUUCAGCUUUUUGCUAGUGAACUAGGGCAAGAAAAUGAACUUGGGUCAGAAAAUUGCAUGAUUGUUAUAAAGAAGGAAGACAGUACACAGGCUAAAAACACAGGUUAGAGGUAGAUGAUCAAAGGAAAUAAUCCAGAUAAAUUUCAGUACCACAUCUUGAGUUUUUUCAGUU